AAUUUUCAAAUCUUCUUGUGGGCUUUCUGCACAGUAGUGGCGCACUUCCAACGGUCAUGUUUUUCAGGGCAGGUUUAGGGUCUCCAGCACCAAUAGACCUGUUUUUGGACAGAGUUGAGCGUGAAAAACUACUUGAAAAAGUUGAAGAGCCACUUACGACUGCUAACGAUGAAAAUGAGCAAGAGGGGGAACUAAACACUUCGAACCCAGAAGAGCGUCUUGUCACAGAGGGGAGUCAAACGCUGGCUGUGGAAGAAGCUGAGAAAAAGCCUGAAAGUCGCGAAGAUGUGAAUUAUAGUGAGAAGGAACCUUUGUACAGGGCCAUCAAGUUGCUUGCAGAGCUGCUAGACGAGGAUGACUUGCUGGUGGAACUGAGAGCUUCCAACAAAAGACUUUUAAACUUUUUUUCAAACCCUUUAAUUAUCAAGGCUCUGAUAUCUUACGUCACCGACACGGUUCCCCGUUUUGAUGAAGACCAAAUGGACCUUGCGAAACUCAAGUUUAAGUUUCCCUUGGUUGCUUGUGAAAUACUUUGUUCCGAAAACCUCAGACUGAGAGACCCUUUUGCUAAUCAUUCAGAUAGUUUAAAGUUGCUUUUUUCGUUUUUACGUAAACCCACUGGAGAAAUAGACAUGUCAACAACGGGAAAUUUUGCAAGGGUCGUGUUGACACUAAUACGCCUAUAUCCGGAUGUUAUAAAGAACUUUGUUCAAGAGAACUUGUGGAUUUUAGACUGUCUCAUUCAGCAUCUUUAUUGUAUGUCAUUGGCCGAUAUUCUGUUGCGUCUUUAUCUUCAUGUUGGUUAUGAUAUUCCCAAAUCCUCCUUGUCUUGGAGUCUUUCAGAAAGCCAGAGUUUACAAACAUUUCCGGGUUAUCUCAUCUUUGAUAAGCUCGGAGAGAGUUUCUCUCCUUCUUCGUUUCCCGAGCUUGAUGACUUCAACAGAAAUGAAGCUAUUUCUAAUUCAGCCUCCGUUAUGGUAGGUAUUAUACAACAAAGUAUCUCUACAAGUGACUAUAUGGAAGUCCCGGAAGAAGUCGAUAUUAUUAAGAGGUCUUUCAUUAUUGGUAAGGUUUUAGACGAUGGUUUAGUGGAGGCAGAAGAUCAUCAGGGAGAUUUUGACAACAUAUGGUCCUGUCCAGCCCUAAUGAAUGCUCUUAGAGUUUGUUGUGAAUUGCUUAUUUCGUUGAAUUCGUUGAAAGGUGAAUCAUCUAUGUCGGAAAAAUCGUAUCGAAGACAUUCGACUACGUUUGCCUCAUUAGAAAGUAGUGAAAUUUCAGUUACUGACGCCAAUAACAAAAAUCCACUAGCAAUUGUAGAGAGUGAACUUGUAUCCAAACUUCCCAAGUUAGGUUCCUUUUUGGCUAAGGUAGGAACCGAAAAUUUGGGGUUGGUUGACUCCAGGAAAGUACUUGGCACGUUGCGAUUGAAAAUUGCCGAAUUUUUUCUGACUUGUUUAGUUACCUGUAGUCAGGACACUGUUGUGGAAAUAUUUCGUCUUGGAAUUCCGAAACUUCUUUUACGACUUUUUGUUGUUUGUGAUAUGUGCAAUAUUCUCCAUAAUUAUAUUGUUUCCGUCAUUUCAUCAUGUUUUUGUGGAGACUUUAAAGUUGUACAAAAAUUGUGGAUUCAAGAGUGCCAUAUUUAUGAGUGGUUGGUUGAAGCUUGGUCUGAAAAUGACAAAAUCGACGAUUUAAGGUUCCGCAAAGGCUAUAUGGGUCAUCUAACUCAGAUCGGCAAUAUAUUAAGUCAAUAUUUGGAUGAACAAUACGAACUUGUUGUCGAAUACAUUUGCAAGGAGGAACUUGAACUUUUUGAACACCUUCGAAAUACUUACUUAUCUCAAACCAAUGAGAUCCAGUCCAAACCUUUGGGAGGUUCGCAUCCAGGACAAUUACUUUCCAGUGCACAGAUGCCGGUUCCGACAUCUAGUCUUAACUUUCCUGAAUAUGAUCAAUUCAUGGCGGAGAUAACCUCAUCAGACGCGGAGGCAGUAAAGAAGUUUGCGGAAUAUCUAUAUGAACAGACUAACGGAGAAAUCGACAACGAAGAUGAUGAAGACGAAGAGCUUAUGGAGAGUUCACGUGCUGUUCCAGUGACAGAAGAAGCAAAUGAUCCCGAAACAGACGAUAUUUUUAAACAAGCUGUUGUUCCAUCUUCGGAAAGUCUUUUAGUAACGGAAGAGACAACAGAAGAUUAUGAACUAGACUUUGAGAGCGACGAUACUGAUGAGGUAGACUUUGAUGACUUGGCUUUUACUGGUGAUGCUAUUUUUGCAUCAGCUCGUGAUUUCCCUUCAGAGAGGGAUCUGGAACAACUCAGAAGUGCUAUUGCCGAACAGAAAUUAACUGCUGAAGAAGCUUAUGAUGCCUAUGAAGAGGAUCAUUUGUCUUCUGUUGAAGACGAAAGAGUUUAUGAAAAAUGAGGAAAACAUCUCGAUAAUUCUCCAAUUUUCUGGUCAUUAGGGAGUUUUGAAUCUGUUUUAAGGUUAACAAUGAUAUGAAUGUUUGCAUAUUAUCGCAAUUAGAGUUGCAAAGAUGGUAAACGUCAAGUUGCAAUCACAGCAGAGUUCUUUGAGUUGGCCAAGUAGAUUGGCUAUUCAGUUAUGAUAGAAGAAAACCCUUUUGCUUGACAAUCAAACGACAAUAGAAUACAGUAAAUGUCAUAAAUUGAUUUGCGAAUGG